GUCUCCGGGGAAACCAAAAACAUGGCGGCGCACCUUCUACAUCGUGAAAAGUCUAAAGUAAAAGCGGCCAUUUUAUUGGACGAGAUCGCUUUGGAUGCAGUCAAGUCAGCCACUUGCAUUAUAGGUGGUUGAGUCCUUCCCCUAGAGGCGGAGCUAAAGACUAGAGCGGGGAUAGUGGUGCGAUGUAAGGGGAACUCUCUGAGCAACAGGCUGGGAAUUGUGUCCUACUGUCCCUGUAACUCCCUCCCCUGUGUCCCUGGCAUUGUCCCUCCCCUGCACUCACAUCUCCAGCCUGGGCUACUGGCCCCUCACAAAGGGAAUAAAACCAUAAAGCAGCAGAAGGCCGGUUCCCUACAGGGAUCAUCCCACAGAGUAUAUUGUUGAAGAGCUGCCAUUAUGGAUUCCCGGCCCCCUAUAAAGAGAGAAUCUGAUUCCCUUCUGGGCGCAGGAUUGCCAGAGGCAGAGCAGUUCCAGAUAAAGAUAGUGAAGCAAGAGUCGGACCCAGGCGACUAUCAGAGGGGAACAGGAAGCUCCUCAGUUCCACAGAUUCCUGGUUUCCCUCAAACCAACCCAGGGGAGCCCCAAGUAAAGAUAAAGGAAGAAGUGCUUGACCCCAGCUAUCAUGUGGAUCCAAUGGAUGGCACAGUACUUUCCUUUACUGUUGGAGAGACAGACCCAGAGACCUUACAGAUGAAGGAAGAGGGUGAAGGAGCAGCUUCUGGGAGUUAUGUGGAAGGCACGUCUGUUCCGUUUGCUGAUGGGGGUUUCCCAUCGGCUGGGCAAGAAAUUUAUCAGACAAAGAUCAAAGAAGAACCCGACCCUGAAUUCUACCCAAACCCAGUGAAAAGCUCAGUGGCUUCUCUUCCUGAUGGGGGCCUAUUUACAGAAGUGAAAAUUGAGAAUGAGCAAAUGGACACUGAGGAUCCUCUGCCCACAAUAAGGAGUGAAAUUGUCUCUUUUCCUGUGCCCGAGAGAAGACCCGCUGUGCAUCAAGACAUAAUGUGCAAGCAGAGACGGUUGUCUUAUAACAUUUCAUUUAAGCUGGAAGUAGUGAGCUACGCCAAAGAGCACGGGAACAGAGCGGCGGCGCGGCACUUUGGCCCUCCCCCAACUGAAAAAAUGAUCAGGGAGUGGAGGAAGCAGGAGGAGCAACUGCAAAAGACAGAAAAGAACAAGUGCACUCUGCGGGGCCACGUGGCCAAAUGGCCUCAGCUGGACGAAGAGAUGAAGAACUGGAUAAUGCAGCACAGAAAUAGCUGCUCCGAACACAAAACGGGAAGGGAGCCGAACUGCGCUUCUUGUUGCGCAAAAGGAUCUUAAGAACGUCGCUGUGCCACCAUCUUGUGUUUUAGGUUCAUGAGAAGCCACUGACUUUCCAUGGGCACUAAACCCGGGAUGGCGCACAAGGUGCCCGCUUAGUAUGAAGCAAAGACUGUUGCAUUUCACAUGUAUGUGAUUGAUGCAUAAAAAUGUCAGAAUUUGAGCUAGAGCAGAUAGGAAGCUUGGACCUGGGCCAUCUGACUUUUGAUGUUCCGCCAGGUGGAACUUGUUACGUGUUUGGUUCUAAGUGCAUUUCAAUCACCACUACAUCAUUAUCUGGGCCUACGGUGCUGAUGGCACAGUGUCCACCACCAUUUCUUACAUUCAAAGAUGGCAAAGGACGGCAUGCCCAAUGGGCCUUUCUCUAUGUCCAUGAUAGAGUAAAGCUGGAGAUAUCGUGGGCAAAACAUCUAGGGAUCGUACUAAAAACACUUGCCCUUCUACUGCCUGACCAGUUCAGGGACGGGCGAAGGCAUGAAAUUUUAUUAAUGGUAGGAUCACAGCCCCUUGAUGGGUCGGUCAACUAUGUAACUACCUAAAAUCUCCAUGAAAGAGGAAUUGAACCAGUGGAAGGAAGAUGGACGCCGCUAUUUGACUCAAGGAGGCCCAAAAUUUGUUCCUGGGUCAAGUCAGCAUGGGCAAUGCCUCGGGGGUCCCCAGGAUGACAAUCUGUAUGAUGGAAAUUCCCAGCCCCUGGGAGCAGCCAUGAGAAGUUCUUUGGCUUUUGACUUUUUAGAGAUUUUUCACAGUUUUUUUAUUUUUUUUAUUUUUUAAGGUUGCACUGAACACUUUAAUAUUUUUCCCUCUCGUAGUUGUUUCUCCAUGGAAUUUCCAUUGUUGUUCUUGUGAAAUGAUACCAUUCUAAUAAAUGUGACCAUUUACAUAUAAUAACUCAA